GUGAAAUUUUGGUCCUAAAAGCUAGCUGCUUUAGUUUUUACUUUAUUUUGUAUAUACCGAUUCUGAAUCCGACAAUUCUAGAACUUCUGGGUUUUAUUUAUUUGGGUGUGAUGAUCCUCUAGAGAUAUAUGGUCGGUGGGAUGUUUUCUUAAUGUCAGAUAUGUUUUGACUUUACAGCUUUGAUCUUAUAGCACUUUGAUGGCAUUUGCGCACUUGUGCAGCAUCCACUGUUUCCUUAAACUAGGGAAACAACAAGAGCUUCUCCUCCUUGAUUUCGGCUUGCUUAUUCCAGAUUUUCUCCUCACUCACUCCAUCUGUAGGAGACCUUCACCAACCUGCUGAACUUGUGAAGAUUCUUUCUCUGUGAUCAUUCUUUUGGCGAUUUUUUUGAUAUGGUUUCUUCUCAGUGUCCUGUUGCCAACAAUAACCUGACUGGCAAGCCGCUUCAGAAACAGCUCUAUUUAUCCAUCACCCCUCCAAAAUCUGUCUUCAGUGAUAAUCUUGAGCUUGAUUUCUCUGAUGUUUUUGGUCCAAUGCCAGAAGCUAACUCCUCUGGAGAGGCCAGUGAUGUUCUUUUGGACGAGCCUGCUGUUGUCUACAGUCGAUCCCACUCAUUGGUUGGCCCGUCUUCACUCGAUAGUCAUUCUUUGAAGCUGACCAAGCUCACCUUAAGAGAGACUAAGGACUCAAUUGACUUGGUGGAAUGUCUUGAAGGUGAAUCGUUGAAAGAAAACGAUGAAUUCUCUGGUAACGAAGACAGUGACAGUGACAAAACACCAGAGGGAGAUCUGGGGGAAGUGUCAGGUGUAGUAGGCAUUGAGGACUUUGAGAUAUUGAAGGUUGUUGGACAAGGUGCAUUUGGGAAAGUGUAUCAGGUCAGGAAAAAAGACACGUCUGAGAUAUAUGCCAUGAAGGUUAUGAGAAAAGAUAAAAUUGUUGAGAAGAACCAUGCCGAAUACAUGAAAGCUGAGCGUGAUAUUCUAACCAAAAUCGAUCAUCCAUUCAUUGUCCAACUCAAAUAUUCUUUUCAGACCAAGUACAGGCUCUAUCUUGUGCUCGACUUUAUAAACGGAGGUCAUCUUUUCUUCCAGCUCUAUCACCAAGGGCUAUUCAGAGAGGACUUGGCUCGUGUGUACACUGCAGAAAUUGUGUCUGCAGUUUCCCACCUCCAUGAGAAAGGCAUAAUGCAUAGAGACCUUAAACCUGAAAACAUACUCAUGGACGUUGAUGGCCACGUGAUGUUAACAGACUUUGGCUUGGCAAAGGAAUUUGAAGAAAACACAAGAUCAAACUCCAUGUGUGGAACUACAGAGUAUAUGGCCCCUGAAAUUGUUCGCGGAAAAGGACACGAUAAGGCUGCCGACUGGUGGAGCGUAGGGAUCCUUCUGUAUGAGAUGCUCACUGGCAAGCCACCUUUUGUCGGGGGAAAAGGAAUGAUACAGCAGAAGAUAGUAAAGGACAAGAUCAAACUUCCCAAGUUUCUGUCUAAUGAAGCUCAUGCCUUACUGAAAGGGCUGCUGCAAAAAGAGCCAGGAAGGCGACUGGGAAGUGGACCGACUGGAGCAGAGGAGAUAAAACAGCACAAAUGGUUCAAGGGAAUAAACUGGAAGAAGCUGGAGGCUAGAGAAGUACAGCCAAGUUUCAAGCCGGAGGUAUCGGGAAGGCACUGCAUAGCAAACUUUGACAAGUGUUGGACUGAAAUGUCUGUUUUGGAUUCUCCAGCAAGCAGUCCUAGUUCAGAUCCGAAGGCCAACCCAUUUACCAACUUCACGUACGUCAGGCCGCCUCCUUCAUUCCUUCACCGAUCCACAUCCGACUUGAAAUGAACUCUAUUACUCCUGCCUGCUUCGAAUUCUGAAACAUAUUAACAUGUACAAAAAUCUACAGUUGACUAAGAAACCUAUUUAUAUAUUUAAUUCAUGAUAUCUCUUAUUAAAUGUAAUGAGAAAGGAAUUGUUUUGAUUGAGAGAACACAAAAUUGUUAAAUUA